AUGGUCGCCCCUCUCACCCACGACUCCCCCAUCCUCGUCUUCGGCGGCGGCGGCACGCUCGGGAGCUCGACGGCGCUGCACCUCGCGCGGCGCGGGUACCGCAACGUGCGCGUGCUCGACGUCUACCCGCUCCCGAGCGCGCAGAGCGCGGGCAACGACCUCAACAAGAUCAUGGGCACCAGCCUCCGCAACCCGGUCGACCGCCAGCUGAGCGCCGAGGCGGAGGCGAUGUGGGCCGGGGACGCAACGUUCCGCGAGUUCUACCAUCGGACGGGGCGGAUUGACUGUAGUGGGUCUCCGGAGGGUAUCAAGGGGGUUGAGCACGAGUACGAGAAGCUGAAGGAUGCGGGACUGGGGCAUACGGUGGAGUGGCUGGACGGCGAGGACGCGAUCGUCAGGCGCGUUCCACAGCUCACGGGGUGCGAGAUCAAGGGUUGGAAGGGCAUCUGGUUUCAGGAGGGAGGAUGGCUUGCGGCGAGGAAGGCGAUCGACUCGGUCGGACGCGAGCUUGCCGCACAUGGCGUUCAGUUCAGCUUUGGAGAGUCCGGCGCUUUUCAGAGCCUGAUCCUAUCUGACGACAGAAUGACUUGCUUGGGUGCGGUCGCGAAAGACGGGACUAGAUAUCUAGCGGACCGGGUUGUCCUCGCCACCGGAGCGUGGUCGCCAGCCCUGGUAGACUUGGAGGAACAGUGUUGUUCCAAGGCCUGGGUGUAUGCGCACCUGCAGCUCACCUCCGACGAGGUCAAGGAAUACGCCGGCUGCCCCGUCGUCUACAACGAGGACAUCGGCUUCUUCUUCGAGCCUGACGACCACGGCGUGAUCAAGGUCUGCGACGAGUUCCCCGGCUUCACGCGCUACAAGACGGUCCAGCCGUUCGGCGCGCCCGCGCCCACGCCCGUCUCCGUCCCGCGCUCGCACGCCGCGCACCCGACGGACACGUACCCCGACGCGUCCGAGGCGACGAUCCGGCGCGCCGUGUCCACGUUCCUGCCGCGCUUCGCGGACCGGCCGCUCUUCAACCGCGCGCUGUGCUGGUGCACGGACACGGCGGACGCGAACCUGCUCGUCUGCGAGCACCCGCGGUGGGCCGGGUUCGUGCUCGCGACGGGCGACAGCGGGCACUCGUUCAAGCUGCUUCCCAUCAUUGGGAAGUACGUCGUGGACCUGCUCGAGGGCACGCUGCAGGAGGACUGCUCGCGCCGGGCGGCGCCAGCGAAGGACCUCGCGGACAUGCCGGGGUGGAACCACGAUGGGGAUAAUAAGGUGGUUGUGGAGGGCGCGGAGGCGAGCGGGAAGUCGUCGACGGCUUGUGUGGUGGGCUAA